GAUGGCGAAGUCGGAGGAGUUGAACAAGUCUUUGGUCGUCGCGUUCCUCCCUUCCGCCCCCUUCAAUCCCCUCCGCUUCUACUUCCCGAUUGCUCUCCUCCCGAUUUCCUUCUCCAAUUUCUGUUCCGAUUCGUUGACGCCGGUACAUGGUGAAGAGAAGAUGGACGGGGUUUCAGGCGAAGGAGGCGGCGAUGGAGCUGCUGAACCAGAUGAUGCGGGACAAGCCGUUGCUUCCCUUCUUGAUCCCGCUCGGUCUCUUCGCCUGGGCCGUGGAGAGGUGGCUCGUGCCCUUCUCCAAUUGGGUGCCGCUCGCCGCCGCCGUCUGGGUCACCAUCCAGUAUGGUAAGUUUCAGCGCCGGCUACUUGUAGAAGACAUGAAUAGAAGAUGGAAGCAGCUCCUAUUGAAUACAGCACCUGUCACACCACUCGAGCCAUGUGAAUGGUUCAACAAACUUUUGGUGGAAGUUUGGCCCAAUUAUAUGGAACCAAAACUCUCGAGAACAUUUUUCUCAAUGGUAGAGAAGCGGUUAAAGUACCGGAAACCAAAGUGGAUUGAAAAAAUAGAACUGCAGGAGUUCUCACUAGGUCCAUGUCCACCUAAUUUGGGUCGAAAUGGCAUUCAAUGGAUUACUUCAGGUGAUCAGCUAGUCAUGCGACUGGGUUUUGAUUGGGAUGUAAAUGACAUGAGCAUUUUGUUGCUUGCCAAGUUGGCAAAGCCAUUGAUUGGAACAGCCCGCAUUGUCAUUAAUAGCAUUCAGAUCAAGGGAGAUCUACUUUUAAGACCGAUUCUUGAUGGCCAAGCAGUCCUGUAUUCAUUUGAAUCAACUCCUGAGAUCAGAAUAGGUGUUGCAUUUGGAAGCGGUGGUAGCCAAACACUUCCAGCUACAGAGCUGCCUGGUGUUCCAACUUGGUUGGUCAAGCUAUUCACAGAAACCAUAGCUAAAAUAAUGGUUGAGCCUCGCCGUCAUUGUUACUCUUUGCCGCCAGUGGAUCUACGGAAGAAAGCCACUGGAGGUUUACUUUCAGUUACUGUAGUUUCAGCCAGUAAUUUAGGCAGGAAUAACUUGAAAAGCAGCAACUCAGGAACCCGACAAAGCACUAUUGUAAGCAGCCAUUUGUCAGGGAACUUGGGGAAAAAGGCUUUGAAGACAUUUGUUGAAGUAGAAGUUGGUGAUCUAACAAGAAGAACAAGUGUUAGUGAAGGGUUAAAUCCCAGAUGGGAUGCUACCUUUAAUAUGAUAUUACAUGGAGAAACUGGAAUUCUCAAAUUUCAUCUUUAUGAAUGGGAUCAAAGUGGUGUUAGGUUAAAUUACUUAACCAGCUGUGAGAUAAAGAUGAAGUAUGUCGCAGAUGAUUCUACAGUAUUUUGGGCAAUAGGGCAUAGAUCUGGUGUAGUGGCAAAACAAGCUGAGAAUUGUGGGAAAGAAGUAGAGAUGACUAUUCCGUUUGAAGAAGCUAAUCUAGGGGAGUUGACAGUGAGGCUUAUUCUUAAAGAAUGGCAAUUUUCAGAUGGUUCUGUAAGCUUGAGUAACUCUACCAACAGUGCAGCACAACUGUUGAUGUAUAAUUCACAUAAUCUUCAGUUGAGAACAGGAAGGAAGCUCAAAGUAACUGUAGUAGAAGGACGGAGCCUGUCUACAAAAGAUAAAUCUGGAAAAUGUGACCCCUAUGUUAAGCUUCAAUAUGGAAAGGCUUUUUAUCGAACAAAAAUUAUUUCUCAUACUUCAGAUCCAGUGUGGAAGCACAUAUUUGAAUUUGAUGAAAUAGGAGGUGGUGAAUAUCUCAAAAUCAAAUGUUAUAGUGCAGAUAUAUUUGGAGAUGAGAACAUUGGAUGUGCACGGGUGAACCUAGAAGGAAUUUCAGAAGGUUCAUGCAGGGAUAUCUGGGUGCCUCUUGAGAAAGUUAACUCUGGAGAGUUGAGGUUCCAAAUAGAAGUAGUAAAGAAUGAGGACAAUGAAAGCUUGAAAAAUUUAGGAAUGAAACAGGGAUCUGGCUGGAUUGAACUAGUACUAGUUGAAGCUAAAGAUUUAGUUGCUGCUGAUAUAAGAGGAACCAGUGACCCUUAUGUGAGGGUACAUUAUGGGAACAUUAAGAAACGAACGAAGGUCAUUUACAAAACACUGGUUCCUCAAUGGAACCAAACCUUAGAGUUUCCGGACAAUGGCAGUCCCAUGAUUUUACAUGUGAAGGAUCAUAAUGCUGUACUGCCCACAUCUAGCAUAGGUCAUUGCACAGUGGAAUAUGAAGCCUUGCCACCAAAUCAAACAGCUGACAAGUGGAUUCCUCUCCAAGGUGUAAAGAGUGGGGAGAUCCAUGUACGAAUAACAAGAAAAAUUCCAGAUCUGCAGAAGAAAUCCAACUUAGAUACUGUUGUGUCUUCAUUAAGCAAAGCACAUAAGAUAUCCACGCUGAUCAGAGACAUCUUAAAGAAGUUUCAAGGCCUGAUUGAGGAUGGUGAUCUAGAGGGGUUAUCACUGGCUUUAAGUGAAGUAGAAAGUGCUGAAGAUGAACAGGAGGAAUACAUGAUUCAACUUCAAAGAGAAAAGACACUAUUGAUCAACAAAAUAAGCGAACUUGGCCACGAAAUCAGUAGAACAUCCUCUGCUCCAACCAAGAUGUCAUACUGAAACUCGAACAUGUUUUGCCAAGUUGCUUAUUUUGUUCCUGCUACGCACUAUAUUUCGGCCAACAGACUCAACACUUCCUUGACUACAAGCUGUAAAUGAACAGAAGCAUAGUAUACAAGAAGAAGGGGAUACUCGAGAAGUUACAUGAUAAUAUGUGGCUAGCUGCUUACUUUUCCUACGACCACAGCUAGAUUUUAAUUGGAAAUACUAUUUAGAAACAAGCCAACAUUUUAAUUGUCCUAUUUGUAAGGACUGUUUACCAUGUCAUUCAUUGUAAAAUAUGUGAUGUGGAAAACUUGCUUCCAGAACUGUGAUUAUUAUUUGGUUGUAUAACAUGAAGAGUUCAUGAUA